AUGGGGAAACAGCCCGAGUCGGGAUUAGUCACCCUCUGUCGACUGUUCCGUACUCCGACAACCAAACCCGCCAACCUCGCCGCUUACCGGGACCUCAGAAUGAAGUUCAUGAAAGUGGGCCGUGUGGCCAUUAUCACCCGUGGCCGUUUCGCCGGUAAGAAGGUCGUCAUUGUCCAGCCUAGCGACACUGGCUCCAAGGCUCACCCCUUCCCCUUCGCCAUCGUUGCCGGUAUCGAGCGUUACCCCUCGAAGGUCACCCGCCGCAUGGGAAAGAAGCUCGUCGACCGCCGCUCCAAGGUCAAGCCUUUUAUCAAGGUCGUCAACUACAACCACUUGAUGCCCACCCGUUACACCCUUGAGCUCGAGGGUCUUAAGGGUGUUGUCUCCGCCGAGACCUUCAAGGAGGUUUCCCAGCGUGAGGACGCCAAGAAGACCAUCAAGAAGGCUCUUGAGGACCGCUACACCAGCGGCAAGAACCGUUGGUUCUUCACUCCCCUCCGCUUCUAA